GGCAUUACUGGAAUUGUGGAGCUCCUUGACGAUGGGACUGCACUCAAGGCACCAUAUCCAGGUUCUGAGAUCGAAAACAGCAUCAUAGAUAUCGCCAAAGAAGCCAGUAUCUAUCGUCGCAUUGGACGCAUAAGAGGCUUGGAAGGUCUUGUGCUUGAAUAUAUGAAAAACGGUGAUCUCAAGACAUAUCUUCAGGCUCACGACCCGAUAUCGACGAGCCUCAAAUUGAAGUGGGCGUACCAAGUCGCAGAGGCUGUCGAUCUCUUGCAUAGAAACGGAAUUAUCCAUUGCGAUAUCAAACCACGAAAUCUUCUGUUAGAUACAGCCUUCGACAUCAAGACUAUUGACUUCUCUGGCUCUUCACUAGAUGGUUCGAAGCCAGCCUCUGGUGAAGGAACCCGGUUUUUUCUUCCACGACAUUGGAGAGAGCAACCGACGGUGGCCACAGAUCUUUUCGCACUAGGGUCGACUCUCUAUGAGAUUACUCAAGGCACCAGCCCGUAUGAGGAGCUUCCUAGUAAUGAGGUUGAAAGUCUUUUUACUCAAAAAGAGUUCCCCGAUAUAUCUGAUAUACUAUGUGGACAAAUCAUCAAACAAUGUUGGCUAUCUCAGAUUGAUUCAGCAGCGAAUGUGAAAACUGCCGUCUGGGAUAUUAUCUCUCGCACAUCCAACGUCGACUGUAUCCCUCACCUCGAUGGUUUGGACACUGCUCAGGAUAUGUUGAUUGGCUUGGUUUAUCCUUAG